AUGACUGAUUCCUUCGAUUCGUUUUCAAGUAGCUUAGAUGCAAAAGGAGGAGACAAAGACCUGCAAGAGUUUUUAAUGGUAGAGAAGCAAAAGGCACAAUUUAAUGCUCAAAUACACGAAUUUAACGAUUUUUGUUGGGAAAAAUGUGUAGAUAAGCCAUCUAACAAAUUGGACAGUAGAACAGAAACCUGCUUGACAAAUUGUGUUGAUAGAUUUAUAGAUGUAUCACUUCUAAUCACCAAUAGAUUUGCUCAACUUCUACAAAAGAGUGGAGGCAUGUAA